CCUAUGUCAUGCGAUAUCGUACUUGCUCCCAGUCCCAGCCGCGAGGUUCUCUGCUCCGUCUCAGUACCCCGGGACCUUGUAUCAUGUUAUGAAACCUACCACCAUACGGACCAAGAGUACCACCGGAGUGCUUGAAGACGCAUCGAUUUGCCCACUGCUGUGCCUUCUGCGCCAACGUGUUAUCCCAAGCCAAUGGACGCGCUCCAUGUUUAGUUCGGAAAUCAUUGUGGGCCUUCAGGCAGUCAUUCUUUGCAUCCCAGGUAUUGUAUUCGUCUUCGGCGAAUUCGAGGGCCACGAUGGAGGUGUAACCAUCGACGUAAACUACAGGUACAGUGUCCGGCACGGCAAACUCGGACAAUGCGAAUGCGUCGUCGGAGAAAUCCAGUAUGAUCUCGGCACUUGGGGCUGCGGUAACCAAGCCGAGGCUGGCAGCAAGGAGGAGAAGAGCGCGGAUUAGCAUGGGCUGUAUAUAUGCACCAUACGGUCCCCCCACGUUGACUGUCCUCAAGUUGGCCCACGGAGAUAUUCCCGCAGCUUUACAUCUCGCAUCAUAGCAAUCCAGUUCAUGAAACACAUCAAUCGAGUCUGUCCACCAGAUCUACAAGGCCUUCUAGGCUGAAAAGGCUGGAGUUGUCUUAGUGGAUUCUCGACCUCUAACCAAAGAUUGGGCGUAUCGUGCGUUAUAUAAGGAAGAUCCGCGCAGGUCCACCAGUUAUGGUAAAGGUCGGGCAUCCCAUCAACUAUUAUCAAGGCUGGGCGAAAACCGCGCUUAUCCCUAUGAAACCACAUAACGUCGGCUUCAUAGAGCGAUCACCGCCGGAAUCUUGCCAUGGACAGUCAACACUCUGCUGGUUCCGUUCGUCCCGUGCCCAGCGAACGUGCCGCAAAUCUUUGAACUCCAAGUCAGGGACACGUUGUCAGGCUCGGCUAAUCAGGGCGUCUAUUUUGAUAUUAGACAUCGCCACCCACACGUCACUCCGGGAAUGUUCAUCGUGCCACAAACGGCUCGAGCGCGUUGGCUCCGAUAUCAACAAUCCUGCCGAAUUCAAAGAGACCCAUGACCAGGGGAAAGGGGCUCCAGCCUUUCUCAGGACACGGUUCCGUCCCUUGCCAAGGUCGUCGCCAUCCGGGGUUUGAAAUCCCCGGAUUUGCUUAUUUUCACAAUGUUUCAUCAAUGGAAGUCCAUCGUGUCGAAAUUCGAGGACAAGGCCCGCAAAUACUGAUCGAUUGCUUUUACUAAAGUGGUAAAGGCACACGAACGCUUAUCUACGCUCCCCCUUUCCGCAUACCAUCGUUAUUGACUUGGAACUCUUGGCUGACAAAACACAGAAGCACCAGUUGUUCCUUUGGCCAAAAGCGGCUGGUUGGCUCACCCCAACAUUGCACAGCCAAAUCUAGCCCCCGAGAACACAGCAACUUUAGGCUUUCAGUAGCGUCGACUCAUCAUGGUUAACCUUGUGCAAGCCACACUGCCCCUUUAUAGGUUGUUGUUUCUGAACGACACAGCGCUUCUCAGCAGGAUCACGCGAUUGCACACAGGGCCCAUGAUUCUUUGAUGGCCGCUGUGGAUGGUUGGUCGUCAGGUAACUCAAAAUGCUAAACCCCUGCACCUUCAGAGACGCUCGGACUUAUAAAUUCCGUUCAUCACUCUGCCAGUUUUCCCCCCAUGCGCGAUUCGGAUCGCAAGCCUCUGAUUUUCCGCAACUUCAAGCACUAUGCCAGCUGUUCCACCGCAACGCCAGACCACGUACGGCACUAUGGAUGGUGUGCCUUAUCAUGAGCCGCCUGCUCAUCCUAGGCGCCUCAUAGUUUGUUUCGACGGCACAGCCAACCUGUUCGAAGGCACUAAUACUAACGUCGUUCACUUGGUUUCUUACCUAAAAAAAGACGACCUGCAAGAGCAGCAAGUGUACUAUCAGACAGGGGUCGGAACUUACAUCAGUCCUGGAAUUUUCAUGCCUCUGAUCGUAGACCUUCUCAAGAUAAUGGACGAAGGAAUAGCGUGGGACCUUCCAAAUCAUAUCAUGGGCGGUUAUAGGUUCCUGAUGAACAACUGGACACGGGGAAGCAAUAUCUCUAUCUUCGGCUUUUCGCGUGGGGCUUACACUGCUCGUGCCUUGGCUGGCAUGCUGGAGAAGGUCGGACUGCUUUCCCGCGGUAAUGAAGAACAGAUUCCCUUCGCGUACAGGAUGUAUAUUAAUGCAGGUGCUACCGGAUGGGCUCAGAGCCGAGGAUUCAAACGUGCUUUUUCCCAUGAAGUUCAUGUAGACUUCCUCGGUGUUUGGGACACUGUCGCUUCUGUUGGCAUAUUCACUGUCAAAGAUCUGCCCCUCAGCUCGUCGGCUCGUCAUAUUCGAGUUUUCCGACACGCCAUCUCACUCGACGAACGGCGUUGCAAGUUCAAGGAAAACCUGUGGCAGGCGCCAUUCACCCCUCCCGGCUCAUCAACGUUACAUGAAGCCGAUAAAAAGACUGUAUUGGUCACUCAUCCACAUAAGUUUGUCAACGAGCCUACUAGCAGCCUCCGAGAUGAGGAAGCGGAAGCAGGCAGCGUUGAUCUUGCCCUCGGGCAUCAUGCGCCAACGGAUGUGUUGGAAGUUUGGUUUGCAGGCGGACAUGGAGAUGUCGGCGGUGGUAAUGUCAAAAAUGGACAAUUCUCCAGUACUAAUCGCAUACCACUCACUUGGAUGAUUCGCGAAAUCGUACUAGCCAAUACGGGUAUUGUCUUUGACGAAGAGGCCCUCGCAGCGGAUGGGAUCAUUCUUCCCCAACCCAACCCACAAACGACCAUCGUCAGCGGGGAUUCCGUUGACAAAUCCCAGACAACGCGUGUCCUUGUAAUUGAAAAUCACAUUUCCAACCUCAACAAGCGAUAUGCUGAAGAUGUGGUGGCACUAGUUUUCGAUCAACUCAAACUCAAAUGGGCAUGGUGGAUUUUGGAGAUAAUGCCUUUCACGUACCGGAUUGCUAGAAAGAGGGGUGGGCCUGGACACUGGAAACUUUCGCCUUGGCCGAAUAAUGGAGGUCCUCGAUCCACGCCAGACGGUCGAAUGAAAGUUCACGUCUCUGUGCGCGAGAGGGCCGAAAAGACAGGAUAUAAGUCAAAUUUACGGUGGAAUCAGGAGCCUGAAUGGGUGGAAUGAGUAACCAUCCGUUUCUUGUUAGGAAAGGCGGUUCCGGAGAGUUCCUGUUGUAGUAAAAUGAUUGUAUGUACGUAUUGAUAGUACCAAAAGAAGUCACGUAUAAUGCAACUAUAUU